AUGUUCUCGGGUUAUAUGCAGUCCGCCAUGAUAGCGGGCAUGAACGGGAAAAGUGGAUUGGCCGCCUGGCGUUGGGUGUUCAUUUUCGACGGUAUAAUCACCAUUGUCAUCGCUGCAUAUGGUUUUGUAUUCUUUCCGGAUACCCCGAACCAGACGAAAGCAUUUUACUUGUCAGCAGAGGAGAAGACGAGAUGCGUAGCGAGAUUGGUCGAGGAUGGAAGAAAGGAGGAAACAAGACUGAGCAUAGAUCUGUUCAAGCGCACGAUGUUGACGUGGCAGCUUUAUGUUCUGACGAUCCUGUGGUGUUUUUGGAAUACGACCGUCGGCAAAGUCGCAAAUACGGUGGCGCAGCUCUUUCUCAAGAACGAUCCGGAUCAUGACUGGUCUCUCUACGAGGUCAACAACAUCCCUACGUCCAUCAAUGGCUUCAACAUCGUCAUGGUACUGCUUCUAAAUACCUACAUUGAUAGUACGGGCUGUCGGAUGAAUGCCGUAGUGCUGAACCUAGCUAUUCUCGCCUUCGGUACGGCCUGUCUCGUCGCCUGGGACAUUCCUCUCGGCCUGAAGCUUGCUUCAUACAUGUUCGCUGGAUUAGACGGACCCUUGUCGCCAAUAUUCUAUGCUUGGGCAAACAUUCUGACAUCUGGAGACGCACAAGUCCGAGCAUUGACGUUGGCCGUUAUGAAUAGCUGUGGGGCUGCACUGACCACUGUGUUCCAGCAGUUUUUGUAUCCAGUAUCAGAUGCACCGAGAUUUAACAAGGGGUUCAAGGCGAGCUUAGGAUUUCUGGUCGGCAUGUGUGUCUGGGUUGUUGUGGUGAGAGUCUUCGAAAUGCGAGAACUGGCAGGUAAGCAAGGUGAGUUGGAAAGGUCCGGCAGCGAUGUAGACGUCGAACAAGGAGCGACGAUGGUGGGCGUCGUUGCUGGCGGUAAAGCGUGA